GGCCAUGAUUUUUUUCAUACUAGCUACUAGCUGUGUAAACACAACACAUAAUAAAGCGCUUUAUUGAUGGAUACAAAUACUUAUUUUUUAUCCCAGUCGCUAGGGAGGAUUACAAAACUAUAAAGCAAUAGUUGUUUGUAUAAGAACGAAAACAGUGCGGCUUUCUUAUUAUCAAGUGCUGCUGUAACUGGAACACUGAAUGCAACGUAAAUACUUCGACGCAAUGGAACACUUUAUGGUUUUCAUCUUCGUGGCUUUUGGGCAGAUCAUAAUAUCGCAAGCAAUAUCAGCAAAUCAAUCUCUGCUUAUCACGUUGACAAAAGAGGGAUCCACUCCGUUCCUAUUGUCUGAUUUGGCAAAGGUUGCUGACGCCGUAACUAAAUGUGUCAAACCGGAAGGAAUAUGUCAUCACGAGGACGUCAUUGAAAAUCAGUACCACUCCACAAUCAAAAUCACUCUGCAGAAUAAUGGUACAGACUUUUCAGCUGUCGGCAUUUCAAUAUCGCAACGUAUUCGAACCAAUCGCUUCAAACGGGAUAUGUCACAACAUAGAACAUAUCCAACAUUGAGGGUGAAAAUAUUUAUACGAAGCGAUGAAGGGUUGAACUUAAAGCAACUUGGGACAAGAAAAAUGCGUGAUUAUCUGAGCUACUUGAAAACAAUGCAAAAAAGGCUGUUAAAACCUGUUAAGACAAAACCUGAUAAGGUAUCUACAGCACAGAAGAAGGAGGUUUCAAAACAUUGCAAGAUUUUUAAAAGAACCACUGUCCCAGAAAGAACAAUUUAUCGUGAAAAUAUGCAGCUUGAAAAUGGUGACAAUUGGACAGUUGAUAAGUGUUUAAAACGCAUUGCGUCUGUGUUUCAAUCCUGUACUGCGUAACAUGGCAUUCACGUGACACUUAUCAGUAAGCAAAAGACGGCAUAUGGCACGCAUGUGACUAAGCUUCUUUUAUGCACACAGCAUUGUGAUUCUAUUUGUCACAAUGCGCACUAUAAUGCACCCUACAUACGAGCAUUGGUGCUGAAAUUUAUGCAUCAAACUCUGUUUAUCGAAACGUUAAACGAAAUAUCUUUCAACAGUGUAACCUGUGCAAACAAACAAAAAAAUUGUA